CCCACCACAGCCAGUCUCUUCGGAGUCGUUACCGGAGUCACGUGCCUGCACAUUAAUGAACCGGACGCGCAGACCUCGGCGUGCGCAUGCGCGUGCGUAAAAUGUAGUUGGAAAUGAGGUAUCGCUGUGGAGUAGUCGACUUUUAAAAAGCAUCUGCAGCCCAUGAUAUGACGACUUCGCUGGUCUUGCAUCCACGCUGGGCGGACACCUUGAUGUACGUUUAUGAAAAAAGCCCGAAUGAAAGUGGUCAGAAUAAAAAUCAAGCUAUGGAGGGACUGAGCGGGAAUUGCCCUGCGACCCACUGCAGGGAUCUUAUCUCGCACCCAGCUUUGGGGCGACAUUCGGGCACCAUCACAACUCACCAGGGCACCGUGUACUCGGAUAUAUCCUCACCUGACGCAGGAAGACAGUGUCCCGCGCCUCAGACGUCGUCCAGCGCCUCUCUGGGCUAUAGUUACCCGUUUGGAAACCCGUACUACGGCUGCAGGCUGUCUCAUUCGCACAACGUGAACUUGCAGCAGAAGCCGUGCUCGUAUCAUCCCGCAGAUAAAUACACCGAGCCCAGUACGGCACUGCCUACCGAGGAGCUCUCCAGCAGGGCAAAGGAAUUCGCUUUCUACCCCAGCUUCGCCGGCUCAUAUCAGGCGGUUCCUGGCUAUCUCGAUGUGUCGGUGGUCCCCAGCAUAAGCGCACAUCCCGAGCCCCGACACGACGCGCUGAUUCCAAUGGAGGGCUAUCAGCACUGGGCUCUGUCAAACGGCUGGGAUGGGCAGGUGUACUGUUCAAAGGAACAAACACAGUCGUCUCAUCUUUGGAAAUCUCCUUUUCCAGAUGUCGUCCCGUUGCAACCUGAGGUUAGCAGUUACCGGAGAGGACGCAAAAAGCGUGUUCCCUACACCAAGAUCCAACUGAAGGAACUGGAGAAAGAGUACGCAGCCAGCAAAUUCAUCACUAAAGACAAAAGAAGACGCAUCUCUGCUACCACCAAUCUGUCUGAGCGUCAAGUUACUAUUUGGUUUCAGAACCGCAGAGUGAAAGAGAAGAAAUUUAUCAGCAAAUCUAAGGCGAACAAUCACAUGCACACUUAAUGGAUGCCCCACGAAUUGCUUUCCAGCUGAUCUCAUUACCUUCUGAAAGUCUGAUAUUUACUUCUUCUCAAAAACCAUGAACGAAGAAAACCCGAGGCCGUGUCACAUCACCCAAGUCUGGCUUUACUUUAUUUAAUUAAAAAAAAAAUAUAUGCACAUGAUUUAAUAAUCGCUCACCUGUAAGCUUUAAGGGACAUAGGCCAUGCCCUAAAAACUGUGAACAUAUUGAAAAUCAUUUCGACUUUGCUCUUUUCUAUGAAUGUACAUAUAUAAAUAUAUAAUAUUUAAAAUAUUUGGGUUUCCAAGAGACAGUUUGGUCAUGUGCUUUGUUCCAGUGAUAAAAGGAGACACGAACAUUUGUUGAUGUGUAACAGUCAGUGCAAAAAUCAGCAGAAACACACAAGGACUUUUAACUCGCAUGAAGUAUUAAUAGUAAAUUCGUAUCUGAAAAUUAUGUUUGAAUGAGAACAAACUGGAGAUUCAAAAGAAAACAUUGAACACUGAAUGUGUGAUGUCUCAAACAGAGCCAUGCACCAUCGUUUUUUUGGUGGCAGGAGUACACAGGUUUAUUUCCAAAAAGCCUUCGAGAUUUCAAAAGCUAAAUGUUUCACUGUGGGAUACAUUACUUUUUAAUGCCGAUGGUAAACCAGGCUGCUAAUGUUAACUGUACAGUGCAAUGUCUUUAUUAUUUAAUUCAUGUUCUGGCAAAUGACAGGGCUGUAAAAUAGAAUGUGUCAAGAUCAUCUUAGUGUCCUUUUUUUUUUUUUUUAAGCAGUGAACUAUAUGUCUGCCCUGCAACUGGAAUGAUUGUAAACGAUUGCAACAUUUAGUAUUACACGUUAAUGCACAAUCUUUCUUGUUUUAUGUAUAGAAACAAAUAUCGUAAAGCAUUUGGAGCUGUUCACACACGCUGUCAGUCUGUACCUCUUUCUGUGAAGUACGUGAACUGUAUUGUGGUGUUUAAUUCCUAAAGUACUGAAUGGAGACAUGUUUCUUAAAUAAAUAAUGGCAAUGCAAA